AUGCACAUAGUGCAAAAUUUUGGAGUCAUUAUUUGGUGUUGCUUCCUUCUCAUUAUGCUGUCUUUCGCUGCAGACAAUGAGGAUGCAGAUGUCAUGUACUGCAUGAGUUCGACCAAUUCAACGUCUUGCAGUUUAACGUAUGAGCAAGUCUACAAAAGCUUAGCAAAGAAUGAGAACAGUUUCAACAUAUCCCAUGCCUUGUAUCCUGAAGGAGGAAAGCCAUCAUUUCUUGUUAAAGUAAAUGUUUAUGGGCCCAAUAAAACGCACAACUCUAUACCACUAAAGUUUACCUGGGGUAUACACUGUCUGUUUUCUAAUGUUCCUGCAUUUCUGCUUGAAGCGGUGUCUCUUGGCUCCAUUAUUGUGACGUCUAGAACACAAGAGCUCAACAUACAAAUUCCUGCAUUUUGUUGCAACUUAUCAGAGAACAUAGAGAAAAGAAAGGAAAUGAUACAAGGAUUUCUUACAAGGGCACUAUUUGAAGUAAGUGCACAUUUUGUCUGAAUAUUAAAGUAAAGUUCGCCCGGUACUCCCGUAGGCGGGGAGGGGGAAAUUCUUGGUGGGGAUUUGCUGGUUCUCCAAAUCCUGACGCUAUUUCAGACCAAAAGAAGUCAUUUUCCACAUCCGUUUUCAGACCUAACCUCUAGAACCAUACCUGUUUUCAGACCUCAUGGCCUUUAGGCAGAAAUCAUGUUUUCAUUACCCAGAUAAGAUGCGCAAACAAAAAAAUUCUUCAAAUGCAUUUCGAAUUCGCAUAUUUCUCUUUCUUUCUUACUGAUUUGGAAUUGAAACCAUAAAUACGUUCAUACACUCCCGUAGUUCCCUCAAAAGCCAUACCCGACUCCAGACACGGCCCGAAAAAAGAAACCCGAUGAAGCUGCACAUACCUAUAUAGCUUAUAAGGGAGUCCCCCCCCCCCCCCCCCACAGAAAAUUGCUUAACGGUUAUUAUUAUUCAUUCAAAAUAUUUCUCAGUUUCUGAUUGGCCAAAAAGCACAUGCAUAUUUCACCAUAACCAGCUACUGUUGACCAAUUUUGGAAGAAUUUUGCGAUUAAUCAAUCAAUGGUUAAUCAACCAACGCACAGUUACAGGUUAUUGUACUGUUAAUUAAAACCAAGAAGACCUGGGGACAAGGUUUAGUUGUUUUUAAGGAUAUAAACGAAAGCCAAAAUUAAUAGCUGUUUCAUUACUCAUUUAAAAUAUUUCUAGGUUUUUAACAUCAUUACCUCCUCGUCGCAUUUCUUCAGUCAUUUUCCUGUUAAUCGGCACAGCUUCAGAAUCAUGCUGACACUUGCACAGGUGUUUUUUCCUUGCACUACUCCUUAAAACGUAUGGAGCGGUAUUGGUGUCAAAAUUAAGGUCUCAUUUUAUUAUGCUGUUCUCCUAUGUUAUGUUGUAGUUUAUGCAUUUAUUUCCCAUUUAAAGACGGAAACAUUUCAUUUUAUAGUGCGUGUAUGCCAUUUUAUGAAGGUCUCGUUUUAUGAAGGUCUUAUUUUAUGAAGGUCUCAUUUUAUGAUGGUCUUAUUUAAUGAUGGUCUUAUUUUAUGAUGGUCUGUAGUUAUGUUUGUCGCCGAUUUGUAUUUGACCCUCUCUUAUUUUGUCAGUUUUGUUCAUGACUACUGGGAUAAACUGACUAAUUAUCGCGCGAUAAUUUUUAAAUUUUCUCAUUUAUCGCGCGAUAACUGCUCAUUUUAUCGCGCGAUAAAUUUGAAUUAUCGCCCGAUAACUUAAGGAAAAAAAAGAUUGCAAUGUCCCUUACGGGCCACCGUAAAAUACAAAUCGGCGACAAACAUAACUAAAGACCUCUCUCAACUCAUGGUGAAAGAAACGCACAGCAAGGUCUUGCGCCUAAUUAAGGAUCUUCACCGUGAAAAUCAUAUUGAUGACAUGACCAGAAAAACACCUAAUCUCAAAAACCUAAUCCACAAUUCUAAGUAGAACCGUUUUUAAACCUAUAGUUUGGAAACGUUACAUUGACGAUAUCUUUUCCCUGUGGGACAUAAGUAAACCAGAUAUCGAAACGCGAAGCGUACAUCGAACAAGCAAACUUACAUCACCCAACUAUCAAAUUCACGGCCGAAAUAUCUGACACACUGAGACUGUGUUUUUAGACACAGUUGUAUACAAAGGCACAAGAUUCAAGGAAAAAUCUAUCCUUGACGUAAAGACACAUUUUAAAAGAACGAAAACCUUCCAGUACACACAUUUCACCUCUUGUCACCCGCCGAGUGUUAAAAAACGAUUUGUCAAAGGAGAAGCCUUGAGAAUCCUACGAACAAACUCCUCAAAAACUACUUUUGAGGAAAAUAUUUCAAAUUUCAAAAAACGCUUGAUUGACAGAGGCUACCCACAAACUAUGAUAAAAAACCUUCUAUCAGAUAUAAAGUUCAUAGAGAGGGAGUCUGCACUCCUGAAACUCAACAACAAAGAGGAAAAAAAUAUAUUGCCUUUCGUGACACAGUAUCAGCCCUCGGUGUCUACUUUAAAAGAAGUUUUACUGAAAAAAUGGACUCUUACACAAAACCAACCGUUACUUCGCCAAAGAACCAAGAAGAAAGGAAAAUCCCUAAAGGACAUGCUCGUUAGAGCUAAAAUAUAAAAGGUUUACACAAGGUUUCACGCCGGUAUAGAGGUGCGGCCUGUCAUCCCUUGCAUUUUCUCAAACUGACUAAUUAUCGCACGAUAAUUUUUAAAUGUUUUCAUUUAUCGCGCGAUAAACUGACUAAUUAUCGCGAGCUUGUUGAAGUAAAAGCAUGUGCGGUCACCGUACAGUUGAUAUACUGCAUCGAUGAAUUAUUGAACUGACAUUUAUGAGCACCGCGAUCACAAACAAGCAACGAAGCAGUACGAAGAGAAAUCUCACACCUAGAAUAUGUAUUUAUUUCAAGACAAGUACGUGGAAAUCACUUGUUAAUCCUAGGAGAGCUUUAUCAACGCACGUUAAAACAGGACAUACUGAAGCAAAGACCUUCCUCGCUAGCUUCUAAGAACAUUUGCGUGGACUGCCUUGCAAUUGUAAGGCUAGUUAACUAAUAAUGGGCGGCCAAAACACUCUCUUUGACUUAACAAGAGAUAUACUGGGAAUAGUAAAACGAAAAUCGUAAACAGAUCGACACGGCAAAGGUACAGAAGGUUUAAUCGGCAAAAGAAGUCCCUUUCCACCGUUGAUUAACUGUCGAGUUCCUGUUGAACUGAUAGGAUCACGUGCGUUCGGAAGCUUGAUACUAUAGUAUGAAGCGAUGCAUCAUGGGAUAUAUGAAACUCCCCCAGUUGAUGAGGUUUUUGACAUUCUCUGCAUUCAAGAAACGAAAAUUGACAACACUUUCCCUAAUUCUCAGUUCCAUGUAAAUAGGUACAAUAUCUUCAGACGAGAUAGAAAGAAAGGCGGUGGUGGCGUCAUGAUCUUUGUACGUGAUAGCAUCAUAGCCAUCCCCAUCAAGAUAGUAUGUAAAUUUGUGGAAGCAAUACUACUUAACUAUCUGUUAAACUCGAUUCGCACUGAUAGCCUGCGAGCAAGCUCUCCUAUUUGGGCGAGUGAAAAGAGUCUCGCUUGGGCGUUCUCGCGAUGCGCGCUUCGCUUGCCCAAAUAGGAGAGCUUGCUCGCAGGCUACACUGAUAGCAGCGUACAAGCCCCCUGCUGUGGAUAAUGUUCCAUUUACUUCCGACAUGUACAGUCUAUGGAAUAAAGCUACUUCGCAGAGCGACAACAUUAUCUGUUUGGGGGAUUUGAAUUGUGACAUUGGUAAUCCUUUGGAUAAUAAUAAUAAAGGAAGAUAUCUACUGGACAUUUGUGACAUUUAUGAUCUGGAUUCUUUAAAUAAUUCACCCACAAGAAUGUCUUCUCAGCGUUCUUCAUGCUUAGAUGUUAUCCUAACUAAUGUUACACGUUAUUUCAGAGAAUCAGGAACUUUGGAGGUUGGCCUCAGUGAUCAUUGCCUAGUUUAUACAGUUCUAAAUAAGAAAUGUCCGCAACCUAAAGCCCAAAUUAUCCGGGUGCGCUCUUUCAAGAAUUUUGAUGAAGGCUCUUUUUGUAGCGACCUUAGUUUGGUUCCUUUUUCGACGGCUUACGUCUUUGAUAACCCUGAAGAUGUAUAUUGGGCUUGGAAAAAAUUGUUCGUUGAGGUUCUGGAUGACCAUGCUCCAGUUAAAUCGUUUCGACGAAAACAUCGUGAUCAAUUUCAAUUUAUAAAUCCUGAAUUACGGGAAGUGAUGAGAGAACGUAAUCGCUAUAAAAGGCAGUUCAACAAGUCCAGAAAGCCUGAAGGAAGGGAAAAAUACCGCCAAAUAAGAAACAGAGCUGUUAGCAUGAGAAGAAAAAGAGUAAGAGAUCACUUUUCCAGAAUCUGCAAUGAUAAACAUUCAGAUCAAAAGAAGUUUCGGAACACAAUAAGACCGUAUAUUUCAUCCAGGAAAAAGCAGUCUUUCCACAAUGAGUGUAUUGUUUUGAAAGACAAUGGUGGUGUCAUUAGAGAACAAAAGAAAGUCGCCGGGGUUCUGGCAGAAUAUUUUUCAAGUUCUCAGCACCCUGAUUUCAAUCAAUUGCCUCCAAAGUCAUACCAGAGAAUAAAAGCUCAUCAAUCCCGCCCCUUCACCUUAACAAACACAAGCCCUGGUGAAGUGAAGAGAAUUAUGAAGAAUCUUAAGACAAACAAAGCUACUGGACAUGAUCAAAUUCCAGCUAGAGCCGUCAAAGAAUCCGCUGAAAUUCUGUGUCAGCCUUUCAGCUGUUUAGUGAAUUUUCUAUUUGAAAGGGGAAAAGUGCCUUCGAGUUGGAAACUAGGUGAAAUUGUCCCGGUCCACAAGAAAGACUGUACGUUAACAAAGACAAACUAUCGCCCUAUAACAAUCCUGCCGGUCUUAUCCAAAGUUUUUUAAAAACUCGUUCACUCAAGGCUCGCCAUCACGCUUUGAAGAUGUUUACCAUAAUAUUGUCUUUGCAUAUAGAGAUUAUCAUAGGUGCGACACAGCUAUAUUCCUUAGUCUAACUGAACAAUUCAAGA